AUGGGAUCAAGUUACUUAUUUGGUUUGGCUUUGUAUACUUUAAGAAUUCCUGAGAGGUUCAUGCCAGGCAAAUUUGAUAUUUUAGUAAUUAUCAAUUUAAUUUUAGGGUCAUAGUCAUUAAUGGUGGCAUUGUUUUGUUUUUUUAGGAGUAUUUUUCCAUUAUUUUGGUUCUAUUUACAACAUGGGAGAUAGAAAAUUUACAUUUUGUCUAAUUUGA